CCUUCACUGAACUGAUAAAUACAUUGUCUGAACUAGUGUGUGCUUUUCUUUAAAUGACAGGUAGCAUUAGUAAUGGUACUUCAGAGACAGAAGGGAUUUUCAGGCUGCACUUAACACUAAGUUAUUAUCGUUAUAGCACCCUGCUCUGAAACUUUUACAGUGUUGUUAAUCCUACAUUGCUAAACGUGUACAACAGAAUGUUAUGGCUAGAUGCUUAGUAACAGACACCCAAUCAGAAAUUAAACAGAGUAUGCCUUUAUGCAGUUACAGAAAUCCAGUGUGCUGUGUAAACAGGGCUGAGGGGAAAAAUUGGUGCCCAUUGAAGACAAACUUUUUUUUCAUAUAUGUUUAUGGUCAGAAAAGAAUUUUAUCUUUGUUUUCUUGCCUUUCAUGCAUCUCAGGGAGCUAAAAAAAAAAAAGCCAAAGAGUAUUUAUGUGGCAACAUUUUUUUUCUCAUUGAUGGAAAUUACAAACCAUUAUUUAAAGAGGUUACACGCUGUAUUUAUCCAAUCAGGGUUGUUGACAGCACAAAUAUGCAAAUAAGAACCAAGGGGGUUAAGAAUGUACAGUGUGAAACGUCAGGAUUAAUUGUUCAACCUAGGUACAGUAUGAAACCUGAAACAAGAUCCCAUACACAAGAUGCACUAUUUCAGGUGUGAAAAGCCCUUGACUUUCAUUUCUACCAGCAGUUACCAGCUGUUUUGGAUGGUAUAUGGUCAGACCAGGUUGGAUUUUCCAGCAGGGGACUACAAAUUAAGUAUCAUUUUCUUUGCCACACUAGAUUUGUUUCUCCCAUUCUUUGACACCCCCCACUUCUCCGAACUGAACUUUCUACAAUACAUCAAUUUCUUUUUUAAGACUGCAGGUUGUUAGGAAAACUUUUUGUAAAGCUUGUGGAAAUGCCACACUGCUGGAAUUCACAUUAAGGUGUUUGGUCAGAUUACCAAACACACCCACGCUAGAGCCUUGCCUCUUUGAUUGGUUAUCCUCGCUGGUAAUACAAUUAAGUUCUUAUGUCUGUGCAUCUAAGAACAGAACGAACGAAUGAAGAACUUUCCAGCAUAUUAAUAAGAAACAGGCAACGAAUAAAUCAUACACACCCACACAUGCUUUAAGUCUAAAGCCUGAUUAAUUCAUAAGAUUUUCAUCAGAUUAUUUUAUCCAUAAGAAGAGAAUUCUGGUGAAAUCUUUAUAAAUACCAGAAAGUAUGUGAGAUUUACCUCAUUACAUGCUUGAGAGGAUUACUUCCCAGACAACCUGAAGGACCUACAACAGAAAACAUCAUUUUCUAGAUAAAUCUGUUCCAACAAUCAAUCGACGUUUGCAGAAAGGAUGAGUACUUUUGUGAGCCUGUUAGAGGUGCUGGAAGUCCGAGGGUCCGCUCUGGACGAGGAUGAGGUGUGGGCAAUCCUCAUCACUGCAGCAGAAACCUUAACAAACAUCUCAGAUAAAGGUCCUGGUAACCUGUGCAGUGUUAUUAGCCCAGGCUCCAUUCUGAUCUCACCUAGUGGCAGCGUUGCCUUCAAAACCUGUGGCCGCACUGACAACGUGACCUCCUUCACCUCUCCUGAGAUGACAGUGGCUCAGUCUUCUUCCAGCAAAGAGGCUGUAGAGAAGAUGCUAAUUUACUCUCUGGGAAUGACUCUGUAUUGGACUGUAGAUUAUCAGCUUCCUCCAAAUCAGCCUGUCCAGCUUACUGACCACUUGAACAGCCUUCUACUAAGCAUGUGUGAAGAAGAGUCUCAUCGACGUCCGAAUCUACAAGGGGUGCUGCAGCAAUGUGAGCAGCACCAAAACAAUGCUCUCCUUCCUCCUCCAGAGAGAACCAUGAAACAGCUGGUCCAGGAUGUUCUACAGCACCCAGCAGAGAAUGUGUUGGCUAACAGAUCAAUAACAGAUAGGAGUCAGUUGAUUAGGCACAAACUUCGAGGAGGCUACACUGAGAAUUCUGCUUGCAUCCCAAAAGCAGUCAGUUCACCAUCCCACACAUUCCAGGCUGAAAAUAACAGAAUCUCCCAUCCAUCCCAUCACAGAGGAAGCACCAGCAGUGCAUACCUUGACAUCCAAAGGCAGCUUAAUGAUAGAUCAGACCAGUCAUUUGACUCGUCACUCAGUCUCAGUGAAAGAAAGGUCAAGAACUUCAGCCCAGAGUUUGUUCGAAUUUUGGAUGAGCCAUUUAUUACUUUGGAGCUGCCAAGUUCCAUUGUGUCAAAGAAAGGGAAAUCAUGUUCAACACAAAGGGACGUGAGAGUGAUUAUGCCAAAUGGACAGACCAUCCUAGUCAAGUGUGAUGUCAAGACUAGAGGAGGGAAUGUGUUUGAUAUGAUUAUUGCCCAUUCAAAAAUGGUGGAGCACUUCUACUUUGGCCUUGCCUACACUGACAACAAAUUCUUCUUUCUGGAUAAUGACACCAAAAUUUCUAAAAUUGCCCCAGAGAGCUGGAAAAAAGUACCCACGUCUACGUUUGUCCUGCAUGUCAGAAUAAAAUUUUUCAUCAGUGACGUCAGUCUACUUUUACACAAGAUGACACGACACCAGUACUACCUACAGCUCAGGAGGGAUAUUCUUGAAGACAGACUGCCCUAUACUGAAGAGACUGGCCUGUUCCUCAGUGCUUUGGCUUUGCAAGCUGAAUUUGGUGACAUUUUGCCUGAGCUGUAUGGGAGGGAGUACUAUCAGCCUGAGCACUACAUCCCUAAAAGCAUGAUGGAGAAAAUGUCCCUGCCUUGCCUGAAACAAGAGUUACUACAAUUACAUGCUAAUAAUGCGAAUAUGACUGCUGAGGAGUCUGAGCUAGAAUUCCUGAAGGCCAUCCAACAGCUUCCGGAGUAUGGUAUACUUUUUCAUCAUGUGGCCCAGGAAAAGAUGCAUUGUGCAGGAGAGCUGCUCUUGGGGGUGUGUGCCAAAGGCAUUGCUGUGUAUGAAGUAAAAAACCACAUCCACACCAUGAGAUUUAGGUUCCACUGGGAAGAAACUAUCAAUAUCUUUGCAGUUAAGCGUAAAUUCAUAAUUGUCAGCAGCGUCAGUAAGAAGAAACACACUUUUCUUAUGGAGAAAUCCAGAAUUGCAAGGUACCUCUGCAGCCUGUGCACAGCACAGCACAAGUUUCACAAGGAGAUGAGCUCUCGCCAGUUAAACCACAUUCUUGUCUCAGAGGACAGUACUAUACAAUGUGAAGUGUCCAGUGCCCAGAAUGACACAAGCAGGAAGAUUUCCUUUUUUGAGGGGACAUCCAAUGAUUACAGACCUGAUGUAGCUCGCAGUGAAUCCAUGAGCAAGCUGUGUGAUGACAUUGGCAAGCGUAUCGAAACCAGAAUCAAAGAGCAGCGCUACAAUGCCUUAAGUCAAGAUCUUCAGAGAUUCACUGUAUCUUCAAAGCGAAGCUCUGGGGUUCCAUCCAUUCCUUCCUUUUUAAGAGACACUCCAACAAGCCCUCAAGCUCCUACACGAGAAAUUCUCUGUGUAACUUUGAAGAAAGAUGCGAAAAUAGGCCUUGGUAUUAUAAUUGUUGGCGAAGACAGUGCUAGUGGUCUGGAUCUAGGUAUCUUUAUUGCAUCUGUUGUGCCAGGAGGACCAGCUAAUAGAGAUGGGCGAAUCAAACCAGGUAGCCGGUUGAUCUCACUGAAUCAGAUCAGUCUGGAGGGAGUUCCCUUCUACGAAGCAGCAGAAAUCAUACAAAGUAGCCCUAACCAGGUGGAGCUCAUCAUCUCCCAAUCUAAAGAUAGUCAAGCAGGAGAUGGUCUUGACGAGUUGGUGACGGUAAUGAUGACGCCAAAAACUGGGCGUAGGCUCCAUGUGCCUAAAGUUCAUGUCCUCAGUGUACAGGCUGAUCAGAUUCAGAGAGAUAAUUUGGCCACGGUCUGAGAAGUACGACUCAGACAUCUCUAUCCAUGGCCACAGAUAUCAGCUCCUCCUGUUCCAUCCAGUGGAACGUGCCUGAAAAACAUCUACCAGAAUCCAG